GCCCCGCCUCGGCCCGGGCCCGCCGGAGGCUCCGCCAGGGGGCGCGCGCGGCUCCGCUGGGUGCCCGCGGCCGGAAGCGGCGCGGGGCGGCGGCGGGCCAUGGAUCCCGGCGAGGAGGAGAUGCCCGAGCUGUGCGACGGCGAAGGUGCCUGGCAGGAUGAGGACGAGGAGGAGGAAGAGGAAGGCGCUGCCGCGGCCGAGCACACGCGCUGCCUCUUCUGCGAGAGGUUGUUUAGUUCUGCCGAAGCCGUGUUCUCCCACUGCAAAACAGAGCAUCAGUUUGAUGUUAGUGAUGUGAUCCAGAAACACGGACUUGAUUUUUAUGGAUAUAUUAAACUGAUAAACUUUGUGAGAUUAAAGAAGCCAACUGGAGCAUAUCUGAGUUCUCUCAGCAGCCCACUGCCUUGGGAAGGAGAGGAAUAUUUGAAACCAGAAGUAGAUGAUGAUCUCCUGCUUCAGUUUGACAUAGAAGAUCUCUGUGAACCUGUAAAAGCUUUGCCUUCCAAUGGUUUAAGUGAUACCAUGGUGCUCCUUGAGCAGUUAAAACAUGCAGAACACAGAGCCAGAGCCGCAGAAGCAGCCUUGGCCAGAGCACAAGAUGAUCUUCAGAAAAUGAAGCAGUUUGCUCAGGAUUUCGUGCUGAGCACGGACGUCAGGAGCGGCUCGUCGGGCAGCGCCGUGGCAGAGCUGCGCGAGGAUGAGGAUGGCGGCUACUUCAGCUCCUACGGGCACCACGGCAUCCACGAGGAGAUGCUGAAGGAUAAAGUCCGUACGGAGAGCUAUCGUGACUUCAUCUAUCAGAACCCACACAUCUUCAAAGACAAGGUGGUUUUGGAUGUUGGCUGUGGGACUGGAAUACUCUCCAUGUUUGCUGCCAAAGCAGGCGCCAAGAAAGUGAUUGGCGUUGACCAGUCUGAAAUCAUCUACCAGGCCAUGGAUAUCAUUAGAUUAAAUAAACUUGAAAAGAUCAUUACAUUAGUCAAAGGAAGAAUCGAGGAAGUUGAUCUGCCUGUGGAAAAAGUGGAUAUAAUUAUAUCUGAGUGGAUGGGUUAUUUCCUUCUCUUCGAGUCAAUGCUGGAUUCUGUCAUCUAUGCAAAGGACAAGUACCUGGCAGAGGGAGGCUCAGUUUAUCCUGACCUGUGCACCAUCAGUCUGGUGGCUGUUGGGGAUAGGAACAAACACGAGGACAAGCUGCUUUUCUGGGAGGAUGUGUAUGGCUUUGACAUGUCCUGCAUGAAGAAGGCUGUCAUUCCAGAAGCUCUUGUGGAGCAUAUCGACUGUAAUUCUGCAGCCACUGCAGACCUGGAAUUCUCCUCAGAUUUCACCCUGAGCAUUACCAUGAGCACACAGUGUACGGCAAUUGCUGGUUACUUUGAUGUAUUUUUUGAGAACUGCCACAACAAGGUCUUGUUUUCAACUGGUCCCCAGAGUACCAAAACACACUGGAAACAGACAAUUUUUCUCCUGGAGAAGCCAAUUCCUGUAGAAGCAGGAGAGGCCCUCAGAGGAAAGAUCUCAGUCCGCAAGAACAAGAAGGACCCACGGUCCCUCUUCAUCACCCUCUCAGUGAAGGACACCCAGCAGACCUACAGCCUCCAGUGAAACUCUCCAUGGCUGGCAGGGGCUCAACUCAAAUGCUGCACUUGGCUGCUGAUAACUGUUCUGAAAUACCCAAAAAUGGUAAACUCCUGGGUCUGUGUGUGGGUGUGUGCACACACAAUAUGGAAAAGCUACCUAGAACAGAGAUUUGGGACAAAACCAGAUUCUGCUGCUUCUCAUGUGGUGUGAGGACAGCAAGAAAGAUGGGUUUGGGUUACCCAGGUGAGAAAAAAUGAGCCUAAACUCUUGCUGUAAACAACAAUAAAUAUGAUCUCUCAGUAAUGUUUUAUUCUUCUGCUGGCAAAAUCCUUGUAUAGUAUUUUUUUAUGAAAGAAGCAGCUCAAUCAUGUGUCAGUGCACCUCAACAGUAGCUGGAAAAUCCCAAUGGGAAUCAUUUUGGAAUUCCAACUGCAAGAUUGCAGCAACAAAGACGGUAUUUUUGUUACACUUCUGCAGUUUCAAAGUUGUAUACGUUUCAGUCACAUUUGUCUAAAUAAAUGAACCCA